CAAUUUGACUUUGACAUUUAAAAAGUGAGAGUGGAAAUCCUGUGCAGCAGUAUUCUCGAAUUGAAUCAGAUUUUGUGAAAAAUUUGCCAAAAAUGGCCACCGUUGAGGAGUUGCAGAAGAAAGUGAAGGAGCUGGAAGCCAAGUUGGCAGCCGCUCAAGGAAAUGUGGGCCCAGCUCGUCAGAAAAUCGAUGUCAUGUCAUCCGAAGUUGUCGAUUCCAAUCCUUACAGUCGUCUGAUGGCUCUGAAAAGGAUGGGCAUUGUGGACAACUAUGAGAAGAUCCGUGAGAUGUCUGUGGCUGUGGUGGGUGUUGGCGGAGUGGGCAGUGUCACUGCUGAGAUGCUCACCAGGUGCGGGAUCGGAAAGUUGAUCCUAUUUGACUACGACAAGGUGGAGCUAGCCAACAUGAACAGGCUGUUCUUCCAGCCCCACCAGGCCGGGCUCAGCAAGGUGGAUGCUGCAGCUGCUACGCUGCAGAACAUUAACCCUGAUGUGACUAUUGAUGCAUACAACUACAAUAUCACCACUGUUGAUAACUUCCAGAACUUUUGUGAUACUAUCAAAACGGGCAGUUUGACCGGAGGUCCAGUAGACCUGGUCCUCAGCUGCGUGGACAACUUCGAGGCGCGCAUGGCGAUCAACACGGCGUGCAACGAGCUCAACCAGAAGUGGUUCGAGUCCGGAGUCAGUGAGAACGCUGUGUCUGGACAUAUACAGUUCAUCGUGCCUGGGGAGACUGCGUGUUUUGCUUGUGCACCACCCUUAGUGGUAGCUUCUAAGAUCGACGAGAGGACACUGAAGAGAGAGGGAGUAUGUGCGGCCAGUCUGCCCACUACCAUGGGUAUUGUAGCCGGUUUUCUAGUGCAAAACACAUUGAAAUAUCUGCUUGAGUUUGGAACAGUCAGCCAUUAUUUAGGAUACAGUGCAUUGACAGACUUCUUCCCCAUGAUGGCAUUAAAGCCGAACCCGCAAUGCGACGACAGCUACUGUCGAUCUCGGCAGGCGGAGUACAGAGCCAAGCCUGUGGUGGAGCUGGCCACUGAGGUCACUGAGGACAGCGCACCCGUACAUGCUGACAAUGAGUGGGGUAUCAGUCUAGUCGAUGAAAAUACGCCAGAAGAUGAUGACUGCUCACAUCUUAAAUUAGUGGAUGGGGUUCAGGUGGCCUACAGCGUCCCAGUAGACAAUAGCACUCCAGAAUCAAGUACGGGCGGCGCCGUCGCAGCAUCAGAACUGUCUCUCGAAGAACUCAUGCAGCAGAUGAAGUCCAUGUAAUUUGCCAAAAGCUGCGUAUCUUGCCCACUGCUGGGCAAAGCUGCGUAACUUGCCCACUGCUGGGCAAAGCCGAGUAACUCCAUAUCAUUUACUACAAGUAUGAGCAUUUAUAUUUGGUUGUAUGAGCGAGUGAGUAUAUAAAACUCCUUAUUAUUUUUGUUAAUAAUUGUUAAUUUCUAAGGAUAACUUAAACUUGUGAACUUAAAUUAAUUAUAAGUUUGAUCGGAAUCGAAAGUGGUAUUUAUCGAAAAUGUGUUGUUAACUGAGCUCAAAUUUAAAUUUCUACUUUAUGUUUAUAAUGACAUGACAUUAAAAGUAAUAUAACAUUGUAAGGUUUAUACAAGUUCAAAGUGAUAUGUGAUGUGCUACGAAAAGUUCCGAAAAAAAUAAUAUUUUUAUUUAUUUCGUGUUCGUUGCUUCUUUAUGUAUGUUGGAAAUGUAUAAGCUAAAAGCGUUUUGAGCACGAACUAUGGAUAUAACGGAUCUAAUAUCUGAGCCAUAAGCUAUGUUAAGAAUAUAUCGAAAUGUAAACUGGGUGUAAGCUUCGUGACAUUCCAGCUUAACCUGUAUAGUUUGUUUAAGAGUCAAUGCAUAGCAUAAGUAGUAGUUAAUUUAUUUUUUUGAUGUUUUUAAAAUUUUAUACCGAUAUUGUUGUUAGGUGCGCUGAGCUGAUUAUCAUUAUACAUAUUGUAAUAAAUUUUAUUAUAAUUAAAUAUCGUCUGUGAGUA